CAUACGACUUCAGCAGACCGUAGAUCGCAAUCGAUAUAGCCAUAACCAAAGACGGUUGUCGUCACGUGCAGGUCAGGGAGCAGUAGAGUCCAUGCAUACGGCAGUCUGCAUGCUUUUCUCCCGAGAUGAGCACUUCACUCGCAGUCAACCUCCUCGGCGGAGCGGCACUGCGAGCGAGUAUGUUGGCGUGGGGCCACUACCAAGACGCGCACACGUCCUUACGUUUCGAGGAUGUCGACUACUCGGUAUUCACCGAUGCGGCACGGCUCGUCGUAAGAGGAUGUCCCCUGCAGAAGGCGCUUGCGGUCGAUGCAGCAGAUGCGAUGAUCGAGGAGAAUGCGUACGGCCCAAACCUGCCGUGCGCACGUGGUAUGGUGCCCAUCAUCGCUCGCUUCGUCUUGCAGCAAGAUCCACGGUCGUGGAGCUCGGAAGAGCAGGAAAAGGCGGCACAAGAUACUGCAUUUCGGUGGGCGCUAUUUGUCUACAAGCUCCUGGGCCCUCUCCUCAAAACACUGUCAAGUCUUGGUGAUCCGUACGCCCGGCCCACCUACCGGUACACUCCCUUUCUCGCCGUCCUCCUCUCGCCCAUAUACUCCAUCCGUGCAGCACCCCGUGAUUUGGGUAAAUGCUUUUUCCUGAUUGCAGAUCUGGCAUGCGGUGUCCUCAUGUGGCAGCUUGUCCAAGGGCGCCGGCGCACUCGAGUAUCAGCGAAAUAUGCCGCGCGGAUCGUCUCGUUGCUAUGGUUCUUCAACCCCAUGCCCAUGCAGAUCGCAGCGCGCGGAUCCGCAGAGAGUAUACUCGGAUUCCUCGUCUUGCUCUUUCUCUACCUUUUCCUGCAAAACAACCCGGAACUCCCGCCAGAAGGGUUAGCAGCCGCGCAAGACCAGCUUGCCAAAGCUCACGGUGCAGCUCAGGACCAUGACCCGAGACCCGUUGCUGAGGCGGCGGAGCCACUAUCGGAGUGGUCACUUACAGGUCUAGCUGCGCCUAUCGUGCUCGCGAUAGCAGUACAUUUCAAGAUCUAUCCGAUCGUAUACGCUGCACCGAUCGUCGCCCACCUCUUCGCGAGCACAGGAGGGGCCAAGCUGCCGAUCAUCCGUUUCACUAUCGUGGCGGGCUUUGCAUUCGCUAUCAUCAACCUCGUCGCAUAUGGGCUCUGGGGUACUCCAUUUAUCGAGCACAGCUUUCUCUAUCACAUUCAUCGCAAGGACCAUCGGCACAACUUCUCUGCGUUCUUCCUGCCGACAUACCUCUCCACCGUACCAUCAACCUCGGGCCAGAUCGCUGGUAAUGCGCUGUCCAAGCUGCUCCCAGCAGAAAUCCUCACGCUGCUCACCUCUCCGCUCGCAAGCUUCGUCCCGCAGCUGCUGCUUGUCGCGUACCUCGGCUUCAGCAUCGGCAGCAAGGACCUCGUCGCCGCGUUCUUUGCGCAGACGAUGGCGUUCGUGCACUGGAACAAGGUCAUCACCAGCCAGUAUUUCCUCUGGUACUUAUGGCUCCUACCCGUCCUACUCCCCGACUUAGACUUCGGCGUCCUUAAUGGGCUUGUGACCUUGGGUGGGUGGAUCAGCUCACAGGCGCUGUGGCUGUCACAAGCCUACCUGCUGGAAAAUAAAGCACAGGACAACUACUUGCGCGUCUGGCUUGCCGGCCUCGUGUUCCUCACCGUGCAAGCGUGGGUGCUCGUGUCUUGUGUAAAGGCAUGGGGACGAGUGAGGUUGCAAGAUGCUGCCAUGACGCAGAUGACAGCCGCAAAAGCAGCAUCCAGUGUACAAUAAUAUAUAGAAACCAAUGCAAACAUUAAUGCGCAAC